AUGGAAGAGAGUCUAAAGUAUCCAUCUGCUUCCCAGAAAAAGGUGAAAAGUACUUUUUCACAGCCUGUCAUCACGCAAAUUCAUGAGUCAAGGAAAAAGAGUCGAAAGGCUCCUGUGGUUAGCGGGGUAAUUAAAGUAAAGAAGUUAUCUCACAAUCGGCCUCCAGACCAGAAAUCUUUGCCAGUGGUGGCCGAUGGAGACUUACGAGCAAAGUCUGAUCUCGUGAAAAGGGAAGAUGAAAGUCCACGCAACACCAGAAACCCUCUUCAAGUUGGUCUUUCGGCUAAACAGCAUCAAUCACAACUUGAUCUGCUUAAUAUUAUGAGUGAAACUAUUAAUCCCAACAUCGAAUCUGUUUUUUCUAAAACGAGUUGGGAAAAUUUCGGUUCGCAAAUGAAUUUGCACCCACAUUUGCUGUCAAUAAUACAGAAGAAUUUUCGCUAUCAAUACCCAACCGCCAUUCAGGUGUCUGCAAUUAGGAAACUAUGCGAAGGUCGUGAUGCAUUGAUCAAGGCGCAAACCGGCUCCGGCAAAACCUUAGCCUAUGCUCUUCCGAUGCUUAAUAGUUUGAUGAUGGCUGAACCACGCAUAACCCGUAGCGAUGGUCCUAAGUCACUAAUCAUUUUACCCACACGAGAGCUUGCUGCUCAAACCGCAUCAGUCAUGACCCAGUUGUGUAGAGCCUGUGUCCGAAUUGUUCCUGGAUGUCUAGUUGGAGGAAUGAAGCGCAAAGGCGAAAAAGCAAGGAAGGGGUUGAACAUAAUUGUGGGUACGCCUCGACGUCUGCUUGACCAUCUUGGAAAGACGGCUGUUCUAAGCCUAAGGGCUCUUCAGUGGUUGAUAAUUGAUGAAGCUGAUCGUCUUGUUGAACUUGGCUUUGAACGUGACGUGGGGCGAAUUAUUGAUCGGGUGUCUAGGGAAACACAUCUGGAGGGUUGUGACAGUUCGAUUCAAACGGUUCUCCUUUCGGCAACUCUUACACCAGGCGUCGAAACACUGGCUGGAUUGGCCUUAAAAAACCCGGUCAAAUGUGAUGUGUCCGAUGAGUUAGCUCCCGACGAAUGGAAGUCUUCUGAACUGGAUAAACGCAUCGCACCGUUUUCGAUGCCUUCGGGUUUAAAACACUUCUUGUUAAUAGUACCUUGCAAGCAGCGCCUCGUUGCUCUUGCCGCUUUCAUGCUACUUAAAACAAAGUACAGCAGACGUUCUGGGAAGUUGAUGGUAUUCUUCGCUACUCAAGAUUGCGUUGACUUUCAUUAUCGGUUGUUCACUGAAGCACUUCGUGAUGGCGACGGGAAAGUAGAUGAAUCCGGUUUUCAUACGAACAAUCUCCAUCUAUAUCGACUUCAUGGCAACAUGGAUCCCAAGGAGCGUCAGGCAGUUUUUCAAGCAUUUUCUAGCUGUCCAGAUGGGAUACUUAUAACCACUGAUGUUGCAAGCCGUGGACUCGACUUGGCUGGCGUUGCCUGGGUAGUGCAGUAUCAUGUCUCAGGGACUCCGAUUGAUUAUGUGCAUCGGGUGGGUCGCACGGCCAGAGCAGGAGGUCGUGGGAAAGCAUUGCUGAUGCUCCAGCCGGAGGAAGAAUCCUACACACAGAUGCUUUCUGCCACUGUCGGGUUGCAGGUGGAAAAACUCAAGUUGUCAGACGUUCUACAGACUGCUCUCUUUCACCUGCAGCGUAAGGGGCGUCAAAGCGUAACUACGGUGGAGGAAGCCGCAGCAAGCAUGUCAAAGCACUUCUUCCUGACCGUCGCUGACGAACCUGAAUUGUCAGCAUUGGCUGAAAAGGCCUAUGUGUCAUUCCUUAGGGCCUAUGCCAGCUUCACAGGGGAAAUGCGUGUUCACUUCGCCUUCAAACGACUUCAUUUGGGACACGUUGCUCGCGCCUUUUGUCUUCACGCGACCCCGAGCGAUAUUGCUUCACGAGUCACUGGUAAACGUCCAGCUUCCAGUAAUCGAAUGACAGAGCAAGGGAGUAACACAACUGUCAAUAAGUCACGGCGCUUGGAACUCGCGGACAAAACUGGGGAACAGAGGCCCCUCCAACGAAAACAUAAACCAAAGCCAAGUGAAUUAGCGACACGGAACAUGCUUGCUGAAUAUGGUCUUUAA